AUGUUGGAAGACAUCGCCUUGAAGAGGCAAGCAAUGAAGCGACGAUAUUUCCAGAGCGAAAAACAUACGAUACAGGUUGACUACGUAAAGUACAUGGAUGAGAUUGCUUCAAUCAUUGGCUGCAAGCCUGAUCUUUGGAAGUUUGCGCUUUCCGAUCCGAGAUUCGCCCUACGCUUAUUCAUGGGAGCAAAUGUGCCCUAUGUCUACCGGCUAGUAGGACCGAACAAGUGGGAAGGCGCUGAAGAUGCCAUACGCUCAGUGCCGUACCGAAUAAAGAAGCCUCUCAAAGCUCGAGAAUGCAGAAUGCGAAAACACAAACGUCGUGGAGUCAUGGAUGAGUACUUCCGUUAUGCCAGUAUGAAGUGGAUUGCUGGUUGGACUGCCGUGAUCCUCAUGGUCGGUCUUAUCGCGUUCUGCUCCGGAACCGCUGGCAUGUCG